ACAUUCCCCAACCCAUUAAAUAAAUCAGUUUCUUGUAAUUUAUUUAAAAUAAUACUGAUAUUAAUAUGUAAAAUAUCUAAAUUAAAAGUUGUUAGAACUGAGUAGCUUUUUUACCCAUAAAACGCAUAGGUACCGUAGUAAAAUAAUGACCGAAAUAAACUGGUUUAUAUCAAUUGAAAUAAAUCGAACAGAAAGCUUAUAAACAAACGGCGUAACUAAUGAUUUUUUUACGUAAACAAUUUUUAAUUGUAACGAUACUUGACAUGUUCCGUUAGCACACAAAGUCAGUCGUAAGUCGAGUCAAGAACCAUGCAAUAAUUUGAAGUUCACUGUAACUUAAUUAAGCCUGGAAAUUAUUAGUGUUCACUACAUGGGUUACGGCAGAACUUAAUAAAGUGCCAAAACGAGACAUUACUGCAGUACAAUAAGUUUCACCAUUCAAUAGAGGCAUUUAACGGGUACUACAAUAAAAUGUUUUUAAAGACACAAAUAUUCAAGGCUUUGGCAUUUAAAAAUCCUAUAAGGCUACCUAUUUCAUAUUGGAUGCUUGUUGGACUAAGGUUCUUAUUGACUUUGCUGCCGCAACGAGGAUACAUACACCCUGACGAAUUUUUUCAGAAUAUCGAAGUUAUUGCUGGAGAUGUAUUUGGAGUGGAUAUUGCACGAACAUGGGAAUUCAAUCCUAAAUUUCCCAUCAGAAACAUCUUUGUACCAAAAAUGAUACUAGGACCUCCUUUGAUAUUCAUACGUGCUCUUAAUCCUUAUGCUAAGAGCUACUUAAAAGUAGAUCUUGCAACUCCAUAUUACUUGCUGGUUGUACCUCGUAUUUUCAUAUGCUUGCUCUCAUUGAUCAACGACUACUGUCUUUACCGUACUUGUGUAUUAUAUGGACAAAACUUCAGGAAUAGACUUGUAAUAUUUGCAAGUUCAUAUAUAGUCCUUGUUUAUUGUUGUCGUAGUUUCUCCAAUACAUUUGAAAUGAUGUUCUUCUCUAUCCUUCUUCUUUUAGUUGCCGAAUGCAUGCUGAGGUCUGACAGAGUUAUAUACCACAAUGAGUACCUGCAAGAGAAAUACAGACAAGCAAAAACUCCCGUUGAAAGAGUGAAGAUUUUUAAGCUUACCACUCACUUGCCGGCUCAUUCGCUAAGUCGUGUUAUCAUAAUAUCUGCUGUGGUUGUAAUAGGUAUUUUUAACCGUCCAACGUUCAUAGCUUUUGCUUUCCCACCUAUAUUUUUCUGGUUGCACCGGGGCCUAGGUUCCAAAGUUAUAGGAUUUAAGGAUUUCCAUUAUCGCAUUUUCGCUUUUGUGCUUUGCAGUGUACCUACAGCAUUAUUCCUUAUAAUGGUUGACUCUGGUUAUUAUGGUUACAUUACUAUGGCUGAUGUAGAAUCUUUGAAGGUUUCAUGGGAUAGCUGGGUUGUUACUCCAUUAAAUUUCCUAAGAUAUAACAUUGAUUCAAAGAACCUGAUGCAACAUGGUGUGCAUCCUCGGUGGUUACACUUAGCUGUAAACAUACCCUUGUUAUUUAAUGUACUUGGAGGGUUGGCUUUUUUGACCCUUUCAACACAUGCCUACAGAUUCAUCCGUGGCCAAUACAGCAAACUUCCAAGAAUUCAAAGCAUUACCGGACUGAUGCUCUUCUCUCUAAUCAUCCCUAUUGCAGUAUUGUCUAUCUUUCCUCAUCAGGAACCCAGGUUCAUCAUACCAGUUUUAGUACCACUGAUAUACCUAUAUGGAAAUCAUCUUCACCCCAACGAAAGUAACGGAAUAAAUUACAGAAGACUGAAGAAUGGACUACGCUGGACUUGGUUUGUUGUGAACAUAUUACUAACAAUAUUUUUUGGAUUUUUCCACCAAGGAGGUAUAUACCCAUUCGCUAAAAGUUUGCACUAUGAAAUUAAAGGUAAUUAUGGUACUCACACUCAUGUCAUCUUAACACACAGUUACAGUAUACCAACUUACCUCCUACAGUUAGAGAGCACAACUAAAAUUUGGAAAAAUAGAAACACAGGACACAAAUACAGAUUGGCUCCUUCCACUUUUAUCUAUAAAUAUGGGUCAAUUCCAAUGCGAGAAUUGUUUAUGAAGAUUGAUGAGGAACUAUCAAAUGCAGAGGCAUUACUACACAAACAUAAAAAGAAUUAUAGAUUAUACUUGGCUUCACCUUGUUCUUUGCAUCAAAAAAUAUUAUCUGAAUCAUAUAAAUACCACCAUAUUGAUUUAGUAGAAGAUUUUUCUUACUACCCUCAUUUUUGUACUGAAGCCUUACCUGAAUUUCCAAGUAACCAUGAUCAGUCUUGUAUUAAAGAAAUUUCAAAAAAUAAAUCUACAGCCAUAGAUAUUAAUAUUAUCGAUAGAAUCUCAUGUUAUUUAAGAAAGUUUUGCUUGAAAGUUUACAGAGUUAAAACCAGUGACUAUAUAAAAUGAUCAAAUAAUAAAAUCAAUCAUUCCAAAUACUCAUUAUCCCAAUCUUUACAUUUUCCCCAUUCACUUUACUGAGCAUCAUAUUCUUCUUCUAAUUCAUCAUUUCAGAACCACAUUAAAUAGGUAAAUGAAAAAUAAAACACUGAUAUGAAGUUUUCGAGUGUCUAUUACAGUGUUAGUUAUCAAGUGGCUUAGACCUAUUAUUAUUUUGCAAUUGAUAUAUACCUCAAUAUACCAUGCAGUGCAGGGACGACAGUAUCACCUUAAGGCUGGAAACAGUGUUCUGGCGUAUCGAUAUCUAUGCAAGUCUAUGAAUGCGCACACAGCUACGCUGACGGUACGCGCGUGAUUUGGUUCGCGCCUACGGUCGGUCGAGCCGUCGGUCGACCGACGAGCUAUGAGAUGAGAUUGUAUGGAUGUGUUCAUUAAAGCAAAAAUGAAUAUCGAUACAGAGCGCCUUAUUACUGAAGUGCAUCUUCGUCCGGAAUUAUGGGAUUUAUCAUCUGUAUUAUAAAUAUAUGAUGCUAAAAUAAGUGCUUGGCAAGAAGUUUGUAAAGAAUGAAUUCAUUCCAUAAAGGAUUAAUUUGUCUUGUGACACGCAUCGCAGUUCACCGUCAGCGUAACACUGAAUGCAUUUCCGCAACCGACGGUCAUGGCGUACCGUCGGUCGGGCACUGUUUUCAGUCUUAAUGGGACCAGUCGCGCAGUAUUGAAACAUUUUCUAGGUCACAUAUUAUGUACAUAAACUGAUUCAAAAACAUUAAAUGUAAAUUUCAACGUCAUCACUUAACUAUUUCUAAGAAAACACUAAAAUUUACAUUUCUAAGUUCAUCAAGUUCAAAAAGAUCAUAAUUCCUCGUACGCCUUAUUUGCACUAGUAAAGGUCGCGUUUUUUUUAAGGCGACGCCAUCGUUCCCACUUUUUACAUUAUUAACUUGACCUUUAUGUGAGCAAGCUAAAUAAAUUCAAUCGCACCACUUUGAUCUAGUUGAUAAAUGUACGUAACUCGUCAAUGUGCUCGACACUCAUGCUGCAAAAAUUCUAGCUUUAGGUUAUUGAAUGUAGAAUCUUAAGAUUUUAGCUGUAAAAUCACACGCAAACAUUAGAAUGAUCUGAUCUGAUCUAAUAGUUUAUUGGUUUGUUAGGUAUGAUUGUGGCAAAUCCUUUUUUUUGUUUGUUAAAUCAAUAGCUUUAAUAAAAUGAACUGAAAUGUUUAAGAAAAUAAUUUGCAAAGAUUAUUGCUAGUCUUAACAAAACCUUUCAUUGAUAUAUUUUUUAUUUGCUCAAAAUCUAUAUUUCAUUAAGAAUUGUGACAAUUAUUGAUUAAGUAGUAUUAAGAAUGAUUGAGAUUGUUUAAUUUUUAAGUAUGAUUUUUUUUACAUAAACAAUUACUUGUAUCAAUUUCCCUGUUAUUUUCAUGCUCUCUUAGUGAGAUUCGCUCAUCUCAAGACAAUCUUUACGCCUACUGUGUACCCGACGCGGUACAUCGACAUCUAGAAACCUAAACGUUCAUUUGGGACUGCUGCUGCUGGUUAGCCGGUUGACAAAUUUAGCAGAUGGCGUGUUUAAUUUACUGGUCAACUUUAAUGGAAAUUGAAAACAGGAAAUUAUUCUUUCGGUUUCAUAACCCAAAUUUUAUUUUAUUUUAUUAGCCACACAAUAUCCUUACAAGCUAAAAUAAAAGAUAGGUACAUUAUAAAAAAAUACAUAAUUAAUUCUUAUUAAUACCCAAUAAAUCCCAACAUUUAUGUUUACCAUAUUAUACUGAAUGAAUAAUUUUAUACACGUUUUAGUGAACCUGGCCUAAUUGUGGACUCUAAAUUGUGUAAUCCUCUAGCAAUAAGUUUUUUAAACAACUGGCUUAAUACUGGCGUAUAAUUAAUCUGAUUAAUUUAUCUGAUUUUUUUAUUGCGUAUAGUUUUUAUUGUUUUUUAACCGACUUCAAAAAAGGAGCAGGUUCUCAUUUUGACUGUGUUUUUUUUAUGUUUGUUACCUCUUGACUGGAUGACUCGAUUUCGAUGACUAUUGUUUUUAGUACACUUCCGUACGUAAAAAAAAUAGUUGCUUUGGAAUUAUUUUUUUCUAUUUGAAGUCGGUUUUUGUUAAAGCGUUUACAAUUAUUCCCACUGUUUUUUUUACUUGAUCAGUGAUUUUUAUUGUACUACGACUCCUAUUAAUAUUUGUGUUUUGUUAUAGAUAUUUUUUCUUGUAAGGGUCGAAAAAAACACACUCCAUUUUUCGUUGCACCAGCACUCUAGCAAUGUGCGAACAUUAAGUAAGUGUUAAGUAAGGUUAAGAUGGCUUUAUUUAUGUCAAUAGUUAUUAGAUAUGCGCUUUUGAAGUCGUUAUCAGAUUUUUCAGUAAUCAGCUGAAGCGAAAAUGAGAUUAUAGAACAUAAAAGGAACUUUAACGAAUAUUAAUUUUAGUACCUAUUGUGCUGAUUGAUCGCUGUUUGAUGCUGACCUGUGGGAAUAUUCCAUUACAUAAUGUCCAGAGUAGGUAGUUAACACUAAUUAAACUAAUUGUUAUAUACUUUAAACUAGCACAGUAAGUUUUCAUCAUAGAUAAUGACUUCAUCCAAACCAUCAAAGGAUUAGCUGUGCGUGACACAUACUCCCUGGGCUUAAAUUAGUUUAGAUGACUUUGUUAAAUUGCAUAUGUGGCCCAUGUAUUUAUCGGUGAAGUUAACGUUCUGUUGAUAUCUGAUAAUUUGUUGAAACAUAUUGUGCAUGACAUUUCUGAAACUUUUUUAUUUUAGCCAUACUAUCAGAAUCUCAAUUUUCUAUAAUGACAAAAUUAAUUAGAUGAAUUAUUACUAAUAAAAUAAAACUUUACACCAAUGCUUA